AUGUAUAAAGGAUAUAUUGAAAAGAAAUUCAAAGAAUUUUAGGUUCAACCAAUUUAUUUGCCUUAAGAAUUUCAGAAGAAUGGAGGUGAAGGCAAUAUUCUAAUGGAUGUUGAUAUAGUCAAAUAGUUAGAAUAAUUCAUUAAAAAGAAUAUGAAUUAAGGUAAUGAACACAAAAUCCAAUAAUUUAUAAGGAUGUUUUCAGUUUAAUUGCUUUUACCUUUGCAUAUAGUUGAUGAAUUAUUAAGCAAUACAAUAGAGGCUAGCGAAUAGUAAUUUGAAGAAGAGGCGAUUGAUUUAAUUCAAAGACAAUCAAUUAAUAGAGUUAGAGAAUAGACUUAAGUAGAAGAGGUGAGAUUUAUAACUUAACUCUAAUUAUUGAGUGAAUAAAAACCUGAAUAAGAAUUAUUUGUGGAGGAAAUUUAAGAAGCUCAAUUGAUUGUACCUUUAGCAAAUUUAAAAUAAUACCCACUAGGCAGAACUUAAUUCACCAUAAGAGCAAAGCUAUUUAAUAAACCAAUAAUAGAAAAAGAAUAGUUAUAAGUAAUUGGAGAUUAUAGUCUCUAAUUUAGGGAUGACAGUGGAAUGUGCUCAGUAUUCUUUACUAAGAAUAGAAUAAAGGAGAAAUUUUAGUUGUAUUAUGAGAACCUUUAAGUUUAAACUAUUUACGAUAUAAGUGAGAUGGAGAUACAUCAAUAUAAGUAGACAUAUGAGAUAAAAGUGACAUCAACUACAUAGUUUAAAUAAUAUGCUAAAGUACCUGUCUUAGAACAAUUAUAAAGUGCAUUGAGUUAUAAUUUAAAGAAUGGUGAAGAAAUUAUUGUUGCAGGUAUGGUAGCAGAAAUAGGUGAAUUAAGAUAAUAGAAUAAAAAAAUAAUCAUAUACACUCUGCCAAUUGACAGUAACACAGAUUACUAUAAGAUACCAUUAAUCUUAUGGGAUCAUCAUAAAUUAUUGAGUUUUAAGGUUGGUGAUGUGUAUGUUUUCGAAGGUGUUUUAUUAAAAGUAUACACUGAUGUGAUUGAGUUAAAAUCUUUGAGAACUAGAUUUAAGGUUUAUACUGAGGAAGACGAGAAAUAUCAGGAUAUUAUAAAAUUGAUAAUGGAUAAAAAACACAAUUGGCUAUAACCCAACAAUCAAGAAAUUCAAAUUGAAUAGGUAAUUCAAUAACCUCUUUUUUUGAGUGAUAUUCAUUCACCUAUCAAUUAUCCUUAUUUCAACACAGUAGUAAAAAUAUUGAAAGAUAAACCAGCAAUAUUUUAGAUGAAAACUCAAAAAUGCAUAAAGCAGAUAAUUGUUACUAGUGAUAAUAAUAAUAGUUAAACAAUAGAACUAAUAGGUGAUCGAUUAUGUCAAAAGAUUUAUAUAUCUGAAUAGGCUCUAAUAUUUAUUAGCAAUUUACAAUUCAUAAAUGAUAAAAUUGUUGCCAGUGAACAUAAUACUCAGAUUAGAGUUUUGCCCGAUGAUGAUAUUGAUUUUGCUGAAUAAAUUGCAUUAUUAAAAUAACCCUUCUCUAAGCCCUUAUCAUUAUCCUUAAAUGAAUUAGAAUAGGAUGUUUAAAUUAAUGUCUAGAAAAAAAACCCCAUAAAGAUUAAAAUUAACCAGAAACUCUCAUAUUUUGAUAAUUAAAAAUGUGUACUAUCUGAAAGUCUUAAGAAAGGAAUUGAUAGAGAUGAAUUGAUGGAUGACAUUAUUCCCUUGUUGGAAGGCAAAAUGCAUAAAAGUAGAUUUAAUGUAUUAGUGUAGAUUGAUGAAUUGUUUGAAGUCAGAUAUUAAAAGGGCAAUGUGAAACUCUAAGACCUUAGGAUAUCAGACGAAUCAAAUUCAGGAAAAAUAACAUUAUGGAAUAAUCAAAUCAGUGAUUAUAAAAUUGGUCAAACAAUAAGGAUAGACAAUAUCUUCUAUGACCAAAGUAAACAAGAAUUUAAAACUUCAUUUCACACCAAAGUGUUUACUAAUGUUCCUAAUAAAAAUCUCCCAAAUAAACAAAGGAGACAAAUCUAAAAAUAAUUAGUUAUCGAGGGUAUUGAAUAUUAGAAUUUUACUUACAAUUAAGAAGUUAAAUUGAUUACAGACAUUAUAAAAUUGCAAUGCAGUCUAUCAGAAGAAUUGCCCUAUUAAUAUUGCAGAGCAAUGAUAUCAGAAAUAUUGAUAGCCAGACUAUCGUAGUAGUGUCCUUAAUGCAAUUUUACUAAAUUAGUACAAAAUAACGAUGUUUAUGAAUGUUCUGGAUAGAAUGGAAUUAAACAUAUUGUUACACUCCCAAAGAUAUUUUGUUAUCUAAAAUGUAAAUUAACAGACUUCACUGCGUCUAUAGAGGUUGUAUUUGGAGAUGAGAUCUGUUAAUAGUAUAUCCCUUAAAAUAGCAUUAAUGAAUUAUAUAAAAAUCAAAUGACAGUAGUACCAUAUUUUGAUUGUUUGAUGUACAAGGAAUUUACAUUCAAAUUGUGGUUAUAAAAAUAGAAAGAUCAAGAUAUGAAGAAGAUUAAAAUAAUGAAACUAUUUUAAACAAAUUACUUAAAAAUUAUAGAUUCAUAUUUAUGA